UAGUGUGGCUCAGUCAGUCAAAUCAGUCUGACAGAGUGAUCAGAGAGAGUUGUGCAUCUUCUCUUCUCUUCUUCCAGACAAUUAUAAAACAAAAAAAUGGCAGCGUCGCCUCCCUAAAAUCCUCUUCUUUGUUCUUUAGCAACUCCCCUUUCCUUCUUUCUCCAUUGGAGUUCCCGCUUCUUCCACAAAACCUUCUCCGUUUCCCACGGGAUUUGGGAUUUCUACAACAUUCACCCGCACUCUGUGAAACCUCUCUCUCUCGCGCUUACUCGUCCAUUAGCCUUUCCCGCAACUGCGAGCCCACGGGGGGUCGGAAUCUGCUUCCUCCGGCUUCUUCUUCUCUGAAUUCCUGUGCACUUGCUACUUCUUCUAACGGCUGAUCUGCUCACUUCGCCGGCCAGCUCCCGCAGCUCCCGCGCUCGCAGGGAAGAGGGAUGUUGAUGAGGAGCAGAUUGGCUUGCUGCACUCGGGACAGAGGGAUCAGUAUCGACUUCGAUGAACAUGACAGUAGGAUAAUGACAUAUGAUGGCCUGGAGAGCUGCAUUCAAAACAAUCAAUCCUAUGAAAAUGAAAGCGGGACAAGUAGAGGUGAUGGCUUUGUAAGCGACUCGUUUGAUGAUGGUGCAUCCAGCUGCUCAUCGAGCAAAGAUGUUUUUGGGUCGUUCUCUUCCAAAUGGUUGUGUGUGAAAAGGGAUGAUCAGAGCUCGGAUGACUGGGACCUCCCAGAAAGCCCCCAGCACUUUUAUGCCAAAGAGAAACCAGCUUAUGGGAUUGGGCUCUCAGAUGUGGAGACAAUGAAGGAGAAGUUUGCCAAGCUGUUGUUGGGUGAAGAUAUCACCGGCGGUACUAAAGGCAUCACUGCUGCCUUAGCAUUAUCCAACGCAAUAACAAGCCUGGCAGCAUCUGUUUUCGGGGAGCUAUGGAAAUUGGAGCCAUUACCUGAAGAAAGAAAAAACAAAUGGAGAAGGGAAAUGGACUGGUUGCUUUCUCCCACAAACUACAUGGUUGAGUUGGUUCCUGCCAAGCAAAAUGGUGCAAAUGGUCAUACCAUGGAGAUAAUGACUCCCAAAGCCCGGGCAGACAUCCACAUGAAUCUUCCUGCACUGACGAAGUUGGACUCUAUGCUAAUUGAAACAUUAGAUUCAAUGGUGAAAAAUGAGUUCUGGUACUCAGAAUUGGGCAGCAGAGCAGAAGGAAGAAACAAGAGUACAAGGCAGAGCAAAAGGUGGUGGCUUCCAUUACCCCAAGUCCCCACAGCUGGACUUUCCGAAACAGAAAGGAAGAAGCUGUUGUACAAAUCCAGGGUUGUAUAUCAAGUGUUCAAGGCUGCCAAAGCCAUCAACCAAAGCAUUUUGCUUGAAAUGCCUGUCCCAUCAAUGAUUAAAGAUGCACUUCCCAAGUCUGGACGGGCAAAUCUCGGGGAGGAACUAUACAAGUUACUGACAACGGAAUCAGCGACAGCGGAGGAAAUGCUCAACUCUCUUGAUCUAAAAUCUGAACACAGUGUUCUUGAAGCGGUGAACAAGUUGGAAGCUGCCAUACUGGGAUGGAGAGAGAGAAUCAAAGCAGCACAAGUUGGCAAGAAAUCCCCCAUUAGAACAUCCUGGUCUUCCUUUGGCAAAGACCCUAUAUCCGAGCUUGAUAAGGUGGAGAUCCUUGUAGACAGAGCGGAAUCCAUCGUCCAGCAACUCAAGGGCAGACAUCCGAAUCUUCCUCAAACGUUUCUUGAUGCUACCAAAAUCAACUAUGGCAAGGACAUUGGACACGCGAUCCUCGAAGCAUACUCCCGGGUUCUGGGGAACCUGGCGUGCAGCAUUCUGACAAGAAUAGGGGACAUUUUGCAAGAAGACGCAGCCAGCAAUCCCAAUUCUGCAGCAACUACUCCUAGCUGGGAUCAUGUUGGUGGAGGGUUUGAUAUGACAGGCGGCGUUCAUGGGUCGAAGCUGCGGUAUUCAGAUGCCAGCAAUUCGGUUUCGGAUUGGGAGUUUUGCCUCAGCGAACCGAAGUCGAGCUCGUCUGCAAGUGAGACCCCCAGCCGGAGUAGAGUAUGGUGCAUCGGCAGAGAGGCUUGUCUCAGCACCACGUCUCCCACAAACUCGCCAUGACUGCAGAAAAAAAUGUCAGUUUCUUAGACUUCGUUGAUUAUUAUGGAAGCCUGCUAGCGGCUGAUUUCCCCUCCCGGAAUCAGUCUUUUGUAAAUAAUGUAUUGCUGUUGGCUGUGCAUUGUUCCGUGUAAUUUCUUAAUGUCAUGAAACCUUGGGGUAAGAAGGGAAAUUUUUAUUAAGGCCAACACUAUCUUGCAAGACUACCAUCCAGCAAC